AUGACGAUCACGAAAUUGAACAGCCAAGCAAUUGUAGCACGGGAGCCAGUCCAGCUUGCAACACCUAAUUGGUCGCUCGAGGAAGUGCAGAUCGGUGAACCAGGCGAUGACGAGGUACUAGUGGAGCUGUAUGCUGCAGGGAUCUGCCAUACAGACGUCCUCCUCUCAUCGGUCCCACCUGGAGCAAUUGGUGUUCAGUAUCCCAAGGUGGUUGGACACGAAGGCGCCGGUGUUGCUCGCGCUGUGGGGAAAAAUGUCCACUCUGUGGAAGUUGGAGAUCCAAUCCUUUUGUCUUUCGAUUCUUGCUCUACUUGCGAGCAGUGUGAAGCUUCCCACCCAUCGUAUUGCGAUACUUUUGUUCCCAAGAACUAUUUUGGUCAGCAAGAAUCCAUGAAGACCGGAGACGAAAGGAUUUGGUCACAUUUCUUUGGUCAGUCUAGCUUUGCGCAGUACAGUGUCGCCAGCAAAUCUUGCGUGGUUAAUGUCAAGGAUCUCAUUCAGGAUCUCAGCGAGCUAAAGCUGUUUGCUCCACUUGGUUGCGGAUUUCAAACUGGGAUGGGUGCGAUCACAAAUAUAACCCAAGCCGGCCCGGACGACAUUGUUAUGAUCGCGGGAUUGGGCGCAGUGGGAAUGGGUGCUCUUAUGACAGCGAAGAUCACGAAAUGCAAAGCGAUUAUUGUAGUGGAUCGAAUCCAGUCCCGUCUCGAGCUAGCCAAAGAGCUGGGCGCGACUCAUACGAUCGACACGAGCGCUGCUGACUUUUCCACGCUGGACGUCGCUGUUCGAAGCCUGAUACCCACUGGUGCUUCUAUUGCGGUAGACACUACUGGCAUCCCUGCUAUCAUAGAGCAGAGUAUCCAAUCUACAAAAUUUCGAGGAAAGAUGGUCUUGAUAGGCGCGCCGCCGUUUGACUAUAAAUUAAGCUUCAAUGCUACAGAACAUCUAAAUUCAGGUCGAUCCAUCCUUGGAUGUAUCGAAGGAGACUGUGAUCCUCGUGUUAGUAUCCCGCAAAUGAUUCAGUGGUAUCGCGAAGGAAUCUUCCCUAUCGAUCGACUUGUGCAGUAUUUUGACGUCUGUGAUCCUGAUGAAACCUAUCCAUGA